AAUGCGUGUACUAAAGUAUCACGAGUUCAAGUUACUAAAGAAAGCAGACUUUCUACAAUGGAAAAAGGAAAGAAACUUGCACGAAACAAGAAUCAUUCGAAGAUAUCGUAUACAAAGACCCGAGGACUAUCAUCAAUAUAACAAACUAUGUGGGCGCAUUAAGAAGUUGGCUGAAAAAAUCAAAGAGUUGGAUCCUUCUGACAAGAAAAGAGUAGAGUAUACGGAUAUUUUAUUGGAAAAACUGUAUGAAAUGGGUAUUAUUCCUUUGAAGCGUAGUCUCGAACAGUGCGCCAAGAUUACUGUAAGUAGUUUCUGUAGGAGAAGACUUGCUGUGGUACUCGUUCGUUUGAAAUAUGCAGAGAACUUGAAAGAAGCAACCACUUUUGUGGAACAAGGGCACAUAAGAAUAGGACCUCAUCAAGUAACGGACCCAGCUUUGUUGGUCACAAGAAAUAUGGAAGACUUUAUUACUUGGACCGACCAUAGCAAAAUCAAACGAAAGAUACUUCAGUAUAAUGACCAACUGGACGACUAUGACUUGCUAUAAAAUUAUGAACUUAAAUGCUUUGUCAAAAGGGCUU